UUAUUGAUUUUCCAUUUACGACUCCUAUAAAUGCCUGACUUAUUAGGAGAGCAUUGAAGAUAAGAUCAAAGAUGGACUUUCUUUCUUCUUCUGCGGCAGCUGUUGUUCUUCUGGCUUUUUAUUUGAGUUUGUGUAACGGAGGAAAGACCAGCAUCUAUGUCAGGAAAGUGGAGAAAACUGUGGAUAUGCCUCUUCACAGUGAUGUCUUUCGAGUUCCUUCUGGAUACAAUGCACCCCAGCAGGUUCAUAUAACACAAGGAGAUCAUGUUGGAAAAGCUGUGAUUGUUUCAUGGGUGACUGAGGAUGAACCAGGUUCCAGUACGGUGCUUUACUGGAGUGAGAACAGCAAGCAAAAGAAAAAGGCAGAGGGCAAAGUCACAACCUAUAAGUUCUACAAUUACACCUCUGGUUACAUUCAUCACUGCACCAUUAGAAAUCUGGAGUACAACACUAAAUAUUACUAUGCGGUUGGUGUUGGUCAUACUACGCGAAAAUUCUGGUUUACAACUCCUCCUGAAGUCGGUCCUGACGUCCCAUACACCUUUGGUCUCAUGGGGGAUCUAGGGCAAAGUUUUGAUUCAAAUAGCACUCUGACUCAUUAUGAACAAAAUCCACUGAAAGGUCAAACAGUAUUGUUUCUUGGGGAUCUUACUUAUGCAGAUCGAUAUCCUAAUCAUGAUAAUGUAAGAUGGGAUACAUGGGGAAGGUUUGUUGAGAGAAGUGUUGCAUAUCAACCAUGGAUAUGGACUGCAGGAAAUCAUGAAAUUGAUUUCGCCCCUGAACUUGGUGAAACAAAGCCUUUUAAGACUUACGCUCAUCGUUAUCAUGUUCCUUACCAAGCAUCAAAAAGUAGUGCUCCGUUUUGGUACUCAAUAAAGAGAGCUUCAGCGUACAUCAUAGUCUUAUCUUCAUAUUCGGCCUAUGGUAAAUACACUCCUCAGUACCAAUGGCUUGAAGAGGAGCUACCAAAAGUUAACAGGAGUGAAACACCAUGGUUAAUAGUUCUUAUGCAUUGCCCAUGGUAUAAUAGCUACAACUACCAUUACAUGGAAGGAGAAACCAUGAGAGUAAUGUAUGAGCCAUGGUUUGUGCAGUACAAAGUUGAUGUUGUAUUUGCUGGUCAUGUCCAUGCCUAUGAACGAUCUGAACGUGUAUCCAACAUUGCAUACAAUGUUGUAAAUGGUAUUUGCACUCCUGUGAAGGAUCCAUCUGCACCUGUAUACAUCACCAUUGGUGAUGGAGGGAAUCUUGAAGGCUUAGCAACCAACAUGACAGAGCCACAGCCAGCGUAUUCAGCUUAUCGCGAAGCCAGUUUUGGUCAUGCCAUUUUUGAUAUCAAGAACCGGACUCAUGCUUAUUAUAGUUGGCACCGCAACCAUGAUGGAUUUGCUGUUGAAGCUGAUUCUAUGUGGUUUUUCAACAGAUUCUGGCAUCCAGUUGAUGAGUCUCCAUCCUCUCAUUGAGAAUGGAUAACAUGCUGUUUCCCAUUUUUAAAAAAUUUCUUGUGCCCUUUUUUUAAAAAUUAAAUACAAAAUUAUAAUCAAUAAACAUUUCCAAUCUUUUUCUUCACCUUUCCCGCUCCACUCCGCAAUUCCCUUUCAAUGAAUUUAUGUGUACUUUUGGUAGGGUAGGACGGAGAAAGUUGAAAUGCUUGUUAAAGAUAAAAAAAAAUAGGGAUAAUACUCAUAUAAGUCUUCUGUUUCCUUUUUUUUAAAUAAAUUUCAAGUAUUUAUUUAAAUAUUAUCUCAAAACUUUAUCUAACAUUAAUCUGAGUUGUUAUAUACUUUAUAUUAUAUAAAUA